GCGCCACAUGCCAACCUUCCCAACUUUGGCAACCCAACGGCCACCUAGCAGAUAGCACCGGCUACUCUACCAGCCUACCACUGCAACAGCCAAGCAGGCAGGCCGUACGCCCUGCCACUCCCCUUGGAGCAAUAGUAAAAGACUUACUGCUCUCGGUCGCGGUCUAGGAUGGACGUGUACAUCUCGGAGGAGUACGUGGCCCAGCGGCGCGCCGAGAGGAGGGCGGCGCGGAACGCCGCCGCGGCGGCGGCGGCACGUUGCGGCGAAGAGAAGGCGCGGGCGGACGGCGAGCAGAAGCGGUGGACGAAGGAGGAGCGAACGGUCGACGGCUAUGCCGGUGCGAAUAAUCCCGGCGGUGGCGCCGCCAGCUGGCUGGUCGGGGAGGACGCUGUUCUCAGCUACUUCUCGGCUUAGAGCCUUAGACUACGCCGCCAGCUGGCUGCAUGAGUGCUAGAGACAAUGCAAAUAGACGUGCCCAUGAACAGUUGCAUGGAUCGAAUUUGGUUUAGGAUUCGCAUGGAUCGUUGGAUCGUUUGGUUUAGGAUUGGCCGUGCUAGUGGGAUAUUUUCUUUGUAAUUAGUGCAGGCUGUUCGUAUGUGAUUUCGCACAAACUUCAGCAAAUCAGAUCAGGUCACCGUGUAGUGCACUAGUGCUCUUCACCAGGCUUUGAUGGCAGAUCCAUAGAAUGAGACUGGCAGAGGCCCAAAGAAUUCAGUAUA